UCUACAUGGUAUGAGAGCCAGAUAUGGUGGUCUUUGUACUACCCUUGUCGCUAUGGAUCCUCUUUCUUCCCUUGGUGAAAUUUAUAGCAGAGUGAUACCUGAAGAACAGAGGCUAUCUUCUGUUCGUGUUCAUGAACAAAAGGACGAGGCAGUGGGUUUUCUUGCUCGUACCGAUGUUUCGGGUGGAAACAGACCAGACUCUAUCUUAGGCAAGGGUCGUUUUGUCGUGUUCUCAUUGUGGGCGUAACGGUCAUGAGAAGCGCGAAUGUUGGCAACUUGUUGGUUUUCCGGACUGGUGGACUGAACAAAAUGAGAAGGGUAACAAUGGCUGUGGUACAUGUGGUCGAGGAAGAGGUGGUUGUGGUUCUGGUCCUGCCGGUGGUGGUCGUGGAUGCGGUUAGAUUGUUGCUGCUCAUGCAAUAAACUCCAACUCCUCUGUUUUCCCAGAAUUUACACAAGAUCACUUGCGGGCCUUAUCUCAACUUCUCCAAGACAAAUCCAACAAUGGCAAUUCAAGUCCUGCGGGUUCCGAUAAAUUGUCUGGACCGUUUCUCAAAGACUUUGAUUGGAAGCAGUGAAGAGCGUGAUGGUGUGUAUUACCUGACAAAUGUAGCUACUGCGAAGAUUUAUAUGGCUAAAGGGGUUCCUGAUCAAGCUUUAUGGCAUAGGCGUUUAGGUCAUCCGAGUUUUUCUGUUCUUUCGGCUUUACCUCAAUUCAACCGUGUUUCCUCUACUGUUAGUUCUUCCUCUUGUGACGUGUGUUUUCCAGCUAAACAGACCAGAGAAGUGUUUCCCGAUAGUUUUAAUAAAACUCAAGAUUGUUUUUAAAUGAUUCA